GAGAGAGGGAGAGGGUGUUUGACUAAGUACCCAGACGGCAGAGCCGUCUAACACUUUAAAGAAAUUUCACAGUAAAGCCGUAUUGGUAAUAUUUUAUAGUUAGCCACGGACACAACACACCGUCAUUAUACUAUUAUGAAUGCGCGUUGAACGAUCAAACCAAACCCAAUCAAUCCUAUUCAUUUCCCUCUUGGUAGACUCACUAAAAUACCUUCCCUCUUUUACUUUGUUUGCUCCAUAUCCCCUAUCUCCAUCUUUGGCUGAGCAAAAAGAUUGGAUUUUUAUCGCCACCCUCGAGUCAGGAAUUCUUUUCACAUGUGUAUAUAGACUCCCCCCCGUGGUCUUCCCGUGUGGCGGUAUAGUUGGUUUAUUGGUAUUGGGUGUGGCUUCAGCGUGUUCUUUUUUAUCAGGCCUUUCUCAUAUUCAAACGAGGAGACGAAGCUUCCUCUUUUGUUGCCGAUGGGGUAAUUUCGUGCUGGGUGAAUACGACUGCUCUGUUCGUUGUUUUUCCGUUUGGUGAGUCCUCUUUAUGGACGCAGAAAGAGAUUGGAGUUCUUGAGAAAUUGUUUGAUGGGUAUUGGGUGUUGAGUGAAUUCUGUGGAGAUCAAUUCUUUGUGGAGUGAUUUGUUGAUUGUGGCAACAUGGGUUGCAUGUAUUCUAAGGGCUCAGCGGUUGAUGACAGCCGAGAGAGUCCCAAAGAUAGAGUAUCGUCUAGUAGGCGAUUAGCAGAAGCGAAGACUUCGAGAUUGGAUUCAUCGAGGAGAGAGAAUGGGUUCAGGGCAAGGGAUAAGGUGGGUGAUGUGAAUGUUAUGUUGAUCGAUGAUAAGAAAGUGAACGGGUCUGCCAGGUUGUAUGAUGAUCAGAUUGAGAAGAAGAUUGAUCAUAUUCAGAAGCAGAGGAGAGAGAGAGCAGAAGCAGCUGUGGCCACUGAUCGCCCGGGUGCUGGUCGGGUCCCGAAGGCGGUAGAGGGCGAGCAGUUGGCGGCUGGGUGGCCGGUGUGGCUGACCGCAGUGGCAGGAGAGGCCAUCAAGGGAUGGCUUCCACGACGGGCAGACACUUUUGAGAAGCUGGACAAAAUUGGCCAAGGAACUUACAGUAGCGUGUACAGGGCACGUGAUGUCAUUAAUAACAAAAUUGUGGCUCUGAAAAGAGUGCGGUUUGAUAACCUCGACACUGAGAGCGUCAAGUUCAUGGCGAGGGAAAUCCAUGUCUUGCGCAUGCUUGAUCAUCCUAACGUUAUAAAGCUGGAAGGCUUGAUAACUUCAAGGAUGUCUUGUAGCCUGUACCUUGUUUUCGAGUACAUGGAGCAUGAUCUUACAGGACUUGCGUCGCGGCCUGGCGUAAAAUUUUCCGAGCCACAGAUCAAAUGUUACAUGAAGCAGCUUCUAAGUGGUCUUGAUCAUUGUCAUAAACAUGGGAUCCUACACCGGGACAUAAAGGGCUCUAAUCUUCUCAUUGACAACAAUGGCAUCUUGAAGAUUGCAGAUUUUGGUUUAGCCAGCGUCUUCGAUCCUCAUCAGACUGCUCCAUUGACAAGCCGGGUGGUAACUUUAUGGUACCGACCACCCGAACUUUUGCUUGGAGCUUCUCGCUAUGGAGUCGAGGUGGACUUGUGGAGCACCGGCUGUAUACUCGGUGAACUCUAUUCUGGCAAGCCUAUAUUGCCAGGGAAAACUGAGGUGGAGCAACUGCAUAAAAUUUUUAAGCUUUGCGGUUCACCUACUGAAGAUUACUGGAGAAGAUCGCAUCUUCCCCAUGCAGCUGUUUUCAAGCCUCCACAACCUUACCGACGAUGUGUUGCGGAGACAUUCAAAGAACUCCCUCCAGCUGCUUUGGGGCUCUUAGAGACCUUGAUCUCUGUAGAUCCUUCACAAAGAGGGACAGCAGCUUUUGCUCUCAGGAGUGAGUUCUUUACAACAAGUCCCCUUCCUUGUGAUCCUUCAAGUCUGCCCAAAUAUCCACCAAGCAAAGAAAUUGACAUGAAACUGCGUGAGGAGGAAGUAAGAAGGCGUGGAGCAACUGGAGGAAAGAGCGAGUUUGAAAAGAAAGGAACAAAAGAUUCACGAUCGAAUACUGCACAUUAUCCUAGAGCAGAACAAAUGCAGGUAAAACAAAGCCAUUCCAAUUCAAACAGCCGAAGUGAAAUUUUCGGUACUCAUCAAGAGAAAACUGUGUCCGGGUUCUUGGUUGCACCCCCUAAACAAGCACGAGUUUCCAAUGAAACAAGGAAAGAUUACGCGGAGCAGCCCAACAGAACUUCGUACUCAGGACCACUAUUUCCAGGUCUGGGAUUCUCCAAGGCUGAAAAAGAACUUGACCAUUCCAUCACUGUCUCAAGAAACACCAACUUAUCAACGCUGUCAAGUUUAGUCGCUAGUAGAACUGCUUUGGCUGGAGACAAACAAAAAUCCGGUCCUCUAGUGUCAGAAUCAGCGAGCCAAGCACGCAGAUUUUCAGGACCCUUAAGGGAAAUGGAACCCGUGAGGAAGCAGGACCGUAGGAGUCAUGUGCGCACGAAUAUUGAUUCUCGUCUGAGAGAAGAUGGAAAUGCAAAUACCAAAGAACCUGCUCUGUACGGUCGUGGGUCCGAAGGAAACAAGAUCUACGUCUCAGGCCCUUUGCUCGUCUCAUCGAACAAUGUGGAUCAGAUGCUCAAAGAACAUGACCGCCGAAUUCAAGAAUAUGCCAGAAGGGCACGGCUCGAUAAGACGAGAGCAGGCAAGGAUCAUCCCUAAGCAACCGUCGACUCCAAGCUCGUGUCCGUUCAUGGUGCCGGGUAGAUUCACUGGGGAGAGCUAUUGAAUAUCAGAUGUCUUCAAAGCUGGGCAAGCCUCCCUGCCUAUGCCAGAGGAAGCACAAACAAAGGGCUCGCAAUGUAGCUCAUUUUUCCGGUUUGGAAUUUAUCUCGUGUAUAGUUGGCAUCUUUCUCUGCUCAUUCUAAUUUUAUUUCUGUGGUGGCGAGAUAGGAUCUCUUGUAAGGCAGAAGAGUCCACCUCGAUUUAGUACGCUACGCAAUACACAGUUUACGACAGGGUAUAGCAUAACUAGAAUAAGGUUGAUCUAGAA